AUGCAUGACAUUAUCAACGUCAUCGUCGUUGGGGCAGGCUUUGGUGGGCUUUCAACGGCCAUCUCGCUCAGAAGAGUCGGUUGCAAUGUAAGUGUUUACGAGCUGUCGAAAGAUCUGUCGAGACAAGGCGAUGUCAUCAUGCUGGGGUCGAACGCGUCCCGCGUCAUCAGCCAAUGGCCAGGAAUGCUCGAGAAAAUCCGAGGAGUCUCUUCCCUUCCCACGCGGUUGAGGAUCUGCGACAAGAGCGGCAGGCUCUUGGUGGAACAACCUCUGCCAUCCGAGUUUGACGGAUUUCCUAACAGCUACGCCAACCGGACCAAGGUUCAGAACUACAUGUACGAAUAUGCUAAGGAGAUUGGAGUGCAGUUCACCUUCAACGCCCGGAUCGUCGAGUAUUUCGAGGACGAGGACCACGCAGGCAUUGUUUUCAACGGGGAACGGGUCAUUGCGGACGUUGUGGUAGCGGCCGAUAGCGUCCAUAGCCGGGCGAGGGCGCACGUGACAAAGAAGCCGGGCAGAGCCCAGAAGAGCGGCUUCGCAGUAUACCGCUCUUGGUUCAAUCUGGACUCUCUCAAGGAUAAUCCAUUGACGAGACCUAUUGCAGAGGCCGAUGAGGAUGAUUACCGUGUAUGGAUUGGCGAGAAUACUCACGCAAUCCUGACUACCAACAGAAAUCUCCGUGCCGUGACGGUCUUCUGUACGCACAAGGAUGCGGCCGACAUCGAAGAGUCCUGGAAUGCGCCUGGUAAAGUGGAAGAUAUGCUCAAGGUCGUGGACGGCUGGGAUCCUCUUCUUCAGCAACUGGUAAAGUCAAUCCCUGAAGAAGUCCUCAUAGACUAUAAGCUACUUUGGCGGGAUCCAGUCCGCCAAUGGGUUUCAGAUGGAGGUCGGAUUGUUCUUGUGGGUGAUGCGGCCCAUCCUCAUCUACCUACAUCCGGGACUGGCGGUGCUCAGGCUAUCGAGGACGGCGCCACCCUCGGAGUUUUGAUCAAGAAGGCCGGGAAGAAGGACAUUCGAAGAGCUUUGAAAAUCUUUGAGAAGUUGCGCUUCGAGCGCACAUCCCUCACGCAAAGAGCAGGGUGGGAGCUACGACAUCGCUGGCAUCAGACAGACUGGGAUGCGGUCGCGAAAGACCCCUCAUUUUUGAAUCAGCCACAGCCCAGGUGGCUCUAUGGCCACGACGCGGCAGAUUAUGCUGAGGCCAACUACGAUGCUGUAUCUAGUCAUUUGGAAAAGGGAACUCCCUUUACCGCCAGGAACGUACCCGACGGCUAUGUUCACGAAGAUUGGACAAUUAGUCAGAUGAUGGCUAAAGAGGGUGUCAAGGCCGAACCCGACUUUUACAAAGUCGAAGCAUGA